AUGUUGCGUUGCUUAGACGGUGUGAAGCAUUUACUUUCUGCUGUUGUCAAUUGCUGUGAUUCUGAAAUUUAUAAGCAACCCCGAGGAUUAGAAAAUCCUGAAGCUCUUGCAAGGGAGACUGUCUUCAGUGUCAGUGAGAUAGAGGCACUGUAUGAAUUAUUUAAGAAGAUCAGCAGUGCUGUGAUUGAUGAUAGGCUUAUCAACAAGGAAGAGUUUCAACUUGCACUAUUUAAGACAAAUAAAAAGGAGAGCUUGUUUGCUGAUCGGGUAUUUGACUUGUUUGACACAAAGCAUAAUGGGAUAUUAGAUUUUGAGGAGUUUGCACGCUCUCUUUCAGUCUUUCACCCAAAUGCUUCGAUUGAUGAUAAGAUUGAAUGUAACCAUCUUUCUUAUUUCUUCUUUACGCCGUUGUUUCAUGCAUAUACUCCCUGGUAUAUCAAUAUAUCUCUUUCAAAAACAGUUGAUUCUACAACAGAUGAAGAGCAAAAUAAAGGCUUUUUUAGAGCUGCAUAUGUCAUUUCAGGGAUCCUGCUGGUGCCAUUGACUCUCGCGCUGACCAUCUUUAUGUUUUGGCAUGUUUAUCUUAUUCUGCAAAACAAGACCACAAUAGAGUACCAUGAAGGUGUGAGAGUUAUGUGGCUUGCUGAAAAAGGAGAUUAUCUGUAUUCACAUCCAUAUGAUCUUGGUACUUAUGAGAAUAUGAUAUCAGUUUUAGGUCCAAAUAUCUUUUGCUGGGUAUGUCCCACCUCAGAGCAGAUUGGUUCUGGCCUUCGUUUCCGCACCAACAAUCUGAUGGUCCUAUAUCAUUAUUGAUGAUAAUCAAAUUAUGGUGUCCGCAUGCUUUCUUUUUGGAAAUACAGCCAUUAAAAAAGUGUCUUGUGUAGCUCCUCCUUACAUCCACGUUGUUGCAGAAGUAGUCAAAGUUGACUGGACUUCUGAAGCAGUCAGAUGUAAAAUAGGACCCUCCUCAUGACUUUUUUUUUUCUUUCAAAAGUACCAUCCUCAUACAAUCAUGUACAAAUGACAGAGUUCCAGGCUAACUCACAGCAACUUCAAGUAGAAGAGAUAGGCCAAAAAUUGUAACUUAAAGAUGUUGUAAUGUUGUGACUCUCAGGAAGUGUA